AUUUUGUCCAAGUCCCUGAAGAUGUUGCUCUUCUUCUUACUUUCACUCUUCAAUUUCAACCCAUCUCUGAGCCUAAAAAUCUGCUCCUUCAAUGUGAGGUCUUUUGGAGAAACUAAAAUAGCCAGACCCGAAGUCGUCGAUGCCGUGGUAAAGAUCAUUUCUUGCUGUGACAUCAUGUUGCUGAUGGAAAUAAAGGAGAACAAGAACCGGGUUUGUCCUCUCCUGGUGGAGAAGCUCACCAGUCAGCAGAAGGGGCUGAAGGAGGAAUACAGGUGCGUGGCCAGUGAGAGACUGGGAAGGAAGAGCUACAAGGAGCAGUAUGUCUUCAUCUACAGGCAGCAUCUGGCAUCAGUGAAAGAAACCUAUCAGUACCCUGACACCCAGCCUGGGGAUGAGGAUGCCUUCUCCAGAGAGCCCUUUGCCAUCUGGUUCCAGUCUCCCAAAACUGCUGUCAAUGAGUUUGCUAUAAUCCCUCUGCACACCACACCAGACACAGCAGUGCGGGAGAUUGAUGAGCUCUAUGAUGUGUAUUUAGAUGUCAAACAGCGCUGGAAAACUGAGAACUUCAUCUUCAUGGGAGACUUCAAUGCUGGAUGUAGCUAUGUUCCCCAAAAGCAGUGGAAGAACAUCCGGCUGAGGACUUACUCUGAAUUCGUCUGGCUAAUUGGUGACAAAAAUGACACAACAGUGAAGAGAAGCACAAGCUGCCCAUAUGACAGGAUUGUAGUCACUGGACAGAAGCUCAUCCAUGCCAUUGUGCCACACUCUGCCAAUAUCUUUGAUUUCCAGGAGAACUUUCAGAUGACUGAGGAACAGGCGCUGGGGGUGAGCGACCACUUCCCGGUAGAAUUUGAGCUAAAAGCCAAGGGUGGCUUCUUCAACUGGCUGAGAUCAAAGUUUUCAAGGAAGAGGAGACCAAGAAAGAGCCGUCAAUCAAGAUCAUGA